UGGGAAAACCAAACCAUUCUGGUGGAAUUUUUUCUGAAGGGGCUUUCUGGUUACCCAAGGCUUGAACUACUCUUUUUUUGUGCUAAUCUUAAUAAUGUAUGUGGUCAUCCUUCUGGGUAAUGGCACCCUUAUUAUAAUCAGCAUCUGAGACUCCCACCUUCAUACCCCUAUGUACUUCUCUGGGAACCUCUCCUUCUUGGACAUCUGCCACACCACCACCUCCAUUCCCUCCACACUGUUGAGCUUUCUCUUGGAAAGAAAGACGACCUCCUUCUCUGGCUGUGCAGUGCAGAUGUUCCUUGGCUUGGCCAUGGGGACAACAGAGUGUGUGCUCCUGGGCCUGAUGGCCUUUGACUGGUAUGUGGCUAUCUGCAACCCCUGGAUCAUAGGAGUUGUCAACUCUGCAGUACAAACUGUGUUUGUGGUACAGUUGCCUUUCUGCAGGAAUAAUGUCAUCCAUCAUUUCUCCUGUGAAAUUCUGGCUGUCAUGAAAUGGGCCUGUGCUGACAUCUCAGGCAAUGAGUUCAUCAUGUUUGUGGCUGCGAUAUUGUUCACAUUGGUGCCCCUGCUCUUGAUUGUCAUCUCUUACUCAUUAAUCAUUUCCAGCAUCCUGAAAAUCCACACUUCUGAGGGGAGAAGCAAAGCCUUCUCUACCUGCUCAGCUCAUCUGAUAAUAUUCUCUGGAACUAUUCUCUUCAUGUACAUGAAGCCCAAGUCUAAAGAGACACUUAAUUCAGAUGUCUUGGAUGCUAUUGACAAACUUAUAUCCAUGUUCUAUGGGGUGAUGACUCCCAUGAUGAAUCCUUUAAUCAGUCUCAGAAACAAGGAUGUGAAGGAAGCAGUAACACAUCUAUCUAACAGAAGGUUCUUUAGCAAGUGA